UGCAUAAAUAGGGUCUCCUCAUGAGGUUUUCUUUGAGAGGAAGAUCACUGAGAAGUCUAGUGUCGGAUUACGUGUUGUCCAAACGAAAAAAAGUAUGAUGAACAAUAAUAAUAUUGUCCAUAUUUGCGACACCUGCAGGCGACAGUUCCCAACCCUUAAGGCCCUAUACGGUCACCAAAGAGUCCACACGCGUGAAAGAGAGUUGGAGAGGCAGCUGAAGAGGACGAAGCCAAGUUAUCCUCCUGGACAAGGCACUAAUUAUGGAUUUUCUCCAGGGACACCCUUAGUCACUCACAACCAUUACCACCCUACUUUAUCAAAUUUUAAUCGUCCGGGGAUCUCUUUUGGUCCUUUUAAGUCUGGAGGAGGCGGUAACCGCCGUGACUACCCGUAUCCGUUGUUCAAUGGUGGAAUCGCCAUGGCUCCUCCUGCGAAUCCAUACCGUUCUCUCACACAGAACACUAGCUAUGGUUCUUCUUCAAGAGUUCCCUUACCAUCUUUCAGGUAUAAUAACUCUCUUGGUUCAGCCAAUUCCAUAGGAAGAUUCAGCAACAACAACAACAACAACAACAACAACAAUAGCUCACAAGGUGAAUUAUCACUUGAGCUCUCUCUUGGUCCAUCUAAGUCCAUGGGUGACAGCAACAGCAACAGUAGCUCACAAGGUGAAUUAUCACUUGAGCUCUCUCUUGGUCCAUCUAAGUCCAUGGGUGGCAGCAACAAUAACAGCAGCGCUUACCCAUCUUUUAAUUGCGGAGUCACUGGAGGAGGAAACAUGUACACGAACAUGCCAGUGCGUCCUCGUGUGCCUGGGUACCAUUUUUACAGAAAUAACCCGAUUGAUUCAAUUACUAGAAACUUUCCUCUCUCUCAUCCUCCUCCAGCCACGAACAUGAUGAACAGGCUAGUGCGUCCUCGUGCGUCUCGGUUCCAUUUUCAAGGUCAUAACCCGCUUGACACAAUCAUUAGAAACGUUUCUCUCUCUCAGCCUCCUCCAACCACCAAUAUUCCUGAUGAUAAUAAUAUUUCGGGCUCUAGUCUCAUUGCAAAGGAGAAAGACAAAACCGUGGUGCUUGACGAUGAUGACAAAGAUAACGUGGUGAUUGUAGAUCAUGAUGAGGAUCAACAGGAAGAGGUUGAAGCUAAGAGUUGUGGUCGUGGUUUAAUCAUUAGAAACGUUCCUCUCUCUCAGCCUCCUCCAACCACGAACAUGAACAGGCUAGUGCGUCCCCGUGCGUCUCGGUUCCAUUUUCACGGCCAUAACCCGCUUGAUUCAAUCAUUCAAAACGUUUCUCUCUCUCAACCUCCUUCAACCACCAAUCUUCCUGAUGAUAAUAAUGUUUCGGGCACUAGUCUCAUUGUAAAGGAGAAAGAUAACGUGGUGAUUGUAGAUCAUGAUGAGGGUCAGCAGGAAGAGGUUGAAGCUAAGAGUUGUGGUCGUGAUUCAAUUAUUAGCAACGUUCCUCUCUCUCAGCCUCCUCCAACCACCAAUCUUCCUGAUGAUAAUAAUGUUUCGGCCUCUAGUCUCAUUACAAAGGAGAAAGACAAAACCGUGGUGCUUGACGAUGAUGAGAAAGAUAACGUGGGGAUUCUAGAUCAUGAUGAGGAUCAGCAGGAAGAGGUUGAAGCUAAGAGUUGUGGUCGUGAUUGA